AUGCUGUUGAGAUGCAAUUUCUACGCAGUUUCCAGACUGAUUGUUAUACGGUCACCGUUUUCAUGUAGAGCAUGUUUGGCCAUGAAUGGGGUUGGCCAGCCAAGAAGGCAGCCACAUAAUUAUGGUAGCCCAGACCGGCCCAUAAAUCAACUUGAAAGACCACUGUCCAGGUGUUAUGCUUCGGCUGGACAAUCUUCACCACUACCACCACCACCACCACCAACAAAUGAAGAAAAGUCACAGAAUAUCUUCCAGAGGUUUAAGACAAUGGCCAAAAAUUACUGGUACAUCGUGCUGCCUGUCCAUUUGGUCACCUCGAUUUUGUGGUUUGGUACAUUUUAUUUUAUCGCCAGCAGUGGAGUUGAUGUGCCUGCCCUCCUCGGCUUGUUUGGCUGUCCCGAUUGGAUUAUUGACAAAGUGAGAAACGGUAAUUCGUGGACUAGUUACUUAGUGAUCGCCUACGGUCUAUAUAAGAUAUUCACUCCGUUAAGGUAUAUGGUAACAUUAGGAGGCACAUCAGCGACCUUACGUUAUUUACACAAAUUUAGGUAUGUUAAAAAUGGUAAUACCAAGAAGCCAUUGUAA